CUCGAUCUGCUUAUUCAGCGGCAAAAUCGCCCUUUCUUGUAUAAAUAUACCGGCUACUUUAUUUUCCAUGCAAAAGUCCACAUCUUAUUCUCACUUGUCUGAGAACAGCCUACAGUGCCCAAGAAAAAAAAAUACAAACAGAAUUGAAAAAGGAAAAAAGAAAAGAAGAUGAACAAUAUGGCGAAUCUAUUGCUACAUAAGAAAUGCCCUCUGCAAUUAAUCUUGGAUGAGCAAGUCCUGUAUUUGGAAGACAGCUUGGAAUCUGUCAUGGUCCGCGGGGAAGUCAUUGUCAGCUUUCCUAAAGAUACCCACAUCCAAGGUCCCAUCGAACUUUUAUUUGAAGGCAUACAGCGAUUUAUUCCUUGGCCGGCUAUCAUGGUCAAUCGACCAUUAGGUGGUCCGCUUGAAACGAAAUUGCAAACGAUCGAACUGUCACUGCUACCGCCCAAUAAUCAAGGAUAUAUACCAGCGGGGGUCCAUCGAUUCCCAUUCGAAUUUCCUAUUCCUUCCUCUCUUCCUACCACCGUUCACAUCGCCAACCGUCUAUCCAUCUUUUACCGACUCACAGCGUCCUUACGACGAUCAGUUCAUGCCGAUGGUCACUGGCUCGAUAAAGCACGACACACCAUGAGCAAAAAGAAACUCACUGCAACAGCUGGAAUACGACUACUUCGAGCCAUCGAAUCGGUAUGCAGCCUUGCGCCUCGUUUGGCACCUCCACCAACGACGACGACGUUGCACCAGUCCAUCACUACCAAUCCAACGGUACCCUUGGAGUCGGAGCAUCCUGAACAUCCAUCCAGCGAUAUGAUUGUUUCAGAUCCAUGGGCACGACAGAAUCGAACGUCUUACCGAUUAUCGCUUGACGAACAGCAUGACUUGCUGGCGUUCUCAAUGGCCGGUAGAACAGCCGAAAACCUCAACGUUGAAUUAAAUCCCAAAAAGGACCGCGGUAUACGUUAUCAGCUCAGUGUCGAUCGUACAGCUAUUGCUUUGGGUACCAGUGUGGGGGUCAGAGUCAUGCUCGAGCCUACACUUCAAAAGAUGAAACUGCAGUCCGUUGUUUUGGUGAUUACCCAAAUGUGCGAAUAUACCAUACGAAUUCCCGAAAAUCAUAUGGUGCCUGGAAAGGCGGAAACCCGAUACAACAAUGAAGCGUCCAAAGUGGUACUCAAAUGGGCUUACGGUUAUGCCGAUGAUGAAUCCAAGUCAGGCACACCAUCACCCUCACACCGUCCUGACAUCCGACCGUAUCUACACCGUCGAUUUGCGAAUGAAACUUCUGGUCCUUAUCGCACCAAGACUUCCACCAAAUGGCCCGAGCAAGCACGAUGGCGAACAAUCGAUCCAGACGAAAAGGACGCACCCGAGCAAGCAGAAGUCAACCCUCAACAUACACAAGGACAGCUAUUGAACCUAAAGAACAUUGGACAAGAUAUCGAAGUAGGUGAAUACUUUUCAGGUCGUUUUGUCUUGCCGAUUCCUGCAUGUGAUCAUAUGCUGUAUCCAAGCAUUGAGCACGACGGUGCGGUGAAAAUCCAUCAUUGGCUCAAGCUAGCUGCGGUUGUCAGGCACGGGAACGAGACGUUUGAAAUAUCAUUGGACUCUCCAAUGCGCAUGUUGGACUGUCGACUUGUGAGUCCAGAUGACGAACGGCAGACGAUUUUACCACCACCACCGAGCUACAGUCCCAGUGAGCAUACACGUGAACCGAUGAGUUUCUGGGAACAAAGACAACCGAUUACUCUGCAGAAGGGAUGGGGGACGUGCGACCAAUGUCCUUGUCAAAUUAAACGUUCUUUGGCGAAAAAAAAGGAAGAAAAGGAGAACCAAUGUGCUUCGCUUCAGCCGGAGCAGGGUCCACCACCCAGAUACAGCGAACGAUGAUAAUGAAUGAACUGAUCCUAGCUAAUCGAUCCGUAGAUCUAUUUAUGCGACCCCACUCCCUCGUUUCUUGAUCCUGAUAUUUCCUCCUUGUAUGCUUUCUUCUUUUUUUUCUUCACCUAGUUUGGCUUCGUUUUCUUAUUCUGUUUUUAUUUGUUUAUUUAUUUUUCUUCCUGGUCAUUUUUUGUUUUAUCACAUCCUUCUAUUUAAUGCACACAUGUCUUUUUAUCUAAGAAUCCCUCAUACUCAUUCUUCCGACUAUACUCAAUAGAUUAUUCUCAUCAAAUAAAUAUUCCACUUAUAAUACAACCUUUAAA